AUGCUGAAAUUUCUUGAAACAAAUUUUAGAAUCUAUCUAUCUAUCUAUCUAUCUAUCUAUCUAUCUAUCUAUCUAUCUAUCUAUCUAUCUAUCUAUCUAUCUAUCUAUCUAUCUAUCUAUCUAUCUAUCUAUACAUGCAUGCAUGCAUGCAAGUAUUGUAAAAUUAAGAUAUAUUCCUUUAUUUCUUUUCCAGUUGUUCUUGUUGGAGAUUCUGGGGUUGGCAAAACCAACCUGUUGUAUCGUUUCACGAGGAAUGACUUCAAUGCUGAAAGUAAAAGCACAAUUGGUGUAGAAUUUGCAACAAGAAAUGUCAGCAUCAAAGGUAAAGUUGUACGUGUACAAAUCUGGGAUACAGCUGGCCAGGAAAGAUACCGUGCAAUAACCAGUGUUUACUAUCGUGGAGCAGUUGGCGCACUUGUUGUUUAUGACAUAACAAAGCCACUGUCUUUCAGUAACUUGGAAAAAUGGCUUGGAGAACUCCAUGAACAUGCCGAUCAAGAUGUCUGCAUCAUGGUGGUGGGCAACAAAACAGAUUUACGACACCUACGUGCUGUGACGUUGGAUGAAGGACGGAUAUUAGCAGAAAAAAAUAAUUUUUCUUUUAUUGAAACUUCGGCCCUGGAUGCAACAAAUGUAGGUGAAGCAUUUAAUAAUCUUUUAGUUGAUAUCUUCAAAGUCCAAGUAGAAAACAAACCUUUGGAUGUUUCCCAAAAAAAUGUCUCAAAAAAAUUGAAUAAUUCUAAUGACACGGACAAUAAAAGUGGGGGAUGUGCUUGUUAA